AGCUCUGGUCAUGGGAUGGUGGUGGGCGGCAAGGAGCAGGAAGGGAGGUGGAUGGAUAUGGGAGCAGAAAGCAGGGUCCUGUCUGGCCAGAGUUGGGGAGGAGGGCGAUUGACUAUCUCUAUUUUCUCCAGCCCUGACCAUCUCCAUCUGCUCUGUGAAACUCAGGUUCUGACCUGUGGCAUUCUCAAAGUGAUUUUCUUUGUUCUUCUUUCACCAGAGACCACCUGGGAACGUCCCAGCAGUUCUCCUGGGAUUCCAGCCAGCCCUGGCUCUCACAGGAGCUCUCUGCCUCCAACAGUGAAUGGAUACCACGCAUCAGGGACCCCAGCGCACCCUCCAGAGACUGCCCACAUGAGUGUCCGAAAAUCCACCGGUGAUUCCCAGAACCUGGGAUCCUCAUCACCAAGCAAAAAGCAGAGCAAGGAAAACACCAUCACGAUAAACUGUGUGACGUUCCCUCACCCAGACACGAUGCCGGAACAGCAGCUGCUGAAACCCACCGAGUGGAGCUACUGCGACUACUUCUGGGCUGAUAAGAAGGACCCCCAAGGCAACGGCACUGUGGCUGGUUUUGAACUACUGCUCCAGAAACAGCUGAAGGGCAAACAAAUGCAGAAGGAAAUGUCAGAAUUCAUCCGGGAAAGGAUAAAGAUUGAAGAAGACUAUGCGAAGAACUUAGCGAAGCUCUCUCAGAACUCUUUGGCUUCUCAGGAGGAAGGUUCCUUGGGCGAGGCGUGGGCCCAGGUGAAGAAGAGCCUGGCGGACGAAGCAGAAGUUCACCUCAAGUUCUCUGCCAAGCUUCACAGCGAGGUAGAGAAGCCCCUGAUGAACUUCCGUGAGAACUUCAAGAAAGACAUGAAAAAGUGCGACCACCACAUUGCCGACCUUCGCAAGCAGCUCGCCAGCCGCUAUGCCUCGGUGGAGAAGGCCCGGAAAGCCCUCACAGAGCGGCAGAGAGACCUGGAGAUGAAGACCCAGCAACUGGAGAUCAAGCUGAGCAACAAGACAGAGGAGGACAUCAAGAAGGCGCGGAGGAAGUCCACACAGGCCGGAGAUGACCUCAUGCGCUGUGUGGACCUCUACAACCAGGCCCAGUCCAAGUGGUUUGAAGAGAUGGUGACCACCACAUUGGAGCUAGAGCGGCUGGAGGUGGAGAGGGUAGAGAUGAUCCGGCAGCACCUGUGCCAGUACACGCAGCUGCGGCAUGAAACAGACAUGUUCAACCAAAGCACAGUCGAGCCCGUGGAUCAACUGCUUCGAAAAGUGGACCCGGCCAAAGACAGGGAGCUGUGGGUCAGAGAGCACAAGACGGGCAGCAUACGCCCUGUGGACAUGGAGAUCUAGAUGGGCCUGUGCAGUUUCGGGGGGUCCUGCUGGGGUGGGGGACUGGGCUCCCACCAUGGAGCCCAUGCUGAGUGGAUGCCCCCCACCCUUUCUCCUGGGGCCACUGAGGAGAGGGCAGAGAGCUGGUGAUUCCAGAAGGGUGACUCGGACGGCCUAGCUGGGGGCUCCCCUGUAUUCCCAGGCCCAGAAGACAGACCCACAGCCCUGCCCUUGUCUCUGAGGCUAAAGACCCCCUGAUUUCCGUGCUGUGCUUGCCGCUCUGAAACAAACGGAGGCUGGAACUUUGUGGUCCCUGCCGAGUUUUGUAGGGGUCACCGUCACAUGCUUGUGCCCUGGAAGCCCCAAAGCUCUUCCUCCAGCUGGCUCCCUUGUCUCCAGGGCUUUGGAGGAUCAGGGGAGGGAGGUCUCUGUCUCUAAGCCAGGUGUCAGGAUCAGCAUCAUGGGUAGAAGGUGCCAUUCAGUUCACAGCUGCACCCAGAAUCCUUUGCAGCCCUCCUUCUUUAUUUUUUUUCCCAUUGCAUUCUGGGAGUCCACAUCUGGCUUUCUCAGCCACUGUUCAUCACCAGGGGUUUUAGGAGGAAGGCUUGGCUCCUGUCUUCCCAGACCCACCAUGCCUGGAGAGGUCAGGAUGGAACUACCUCAUUCGGCAAAUUAGCCCCAAAUCGCGCGCUGCAUCCCGUGUCCUAUGAGAUCAGGCGCCGUCUGUAAAGUCUCAUCUGGAAAUGCCAAUCAUCCUUCCCCCAGCUCCUUCCUCGGGGAGGCCCCUGCCCCCACCCUGCCACCCCUUCCCAGUCUCAUUAGAGGAAGCUUUCCAAAGUUCUCAGUUAUCAAGACCUCAUCCAGCUCAUCCAAAGGCUUCAGGGAUGGAAACAAACCAGCUCGUCUCAGAGGCCAGCAAGCUGGGGCCUGUCCACCACUUUGCCCUCUGCACCUUUGGGCUGCCCUGGCCCCCUCUCCCAGGCCACCCACCACAGGCUCUUAAUGAGGCCAGGUCAGUCCUACAUGGGAGAUGGGUUAGGGCAAGUCUUUGUCAUCGCCCAGAUGGCUCUGUCUUCUUGUGUAUGGCAGGGCUGGGACUGCUGUCCCUUGUAUGGUUUUCUGUCACUGGUGGGCACUGGACAGGCAUAGCAGACUCUCUUGUGGCCACACUGGGUUGUUGCCUUUCAGACAGUGUCCCGCCACCUUUGCUUCCAGCUCCUUCUGGACGUUCCAGAGCCCUGCACCAAACCCUCACUUGGUGACGGCACCUUCUUUCCCUCUCUCCGUCUUCCAAUCCCUGGAAAAGUCUGGUCUGAGUGUGACUUGGGAAGCUUUCAGUGCUGCUGUUUGGUCCAGCUCAUUACUUUCUCUACCACAGCAAACACAUUCUCCACCAUGUCAGUCUAAAGACUCAGCCCCAAGGGCCGGGAGAAGCGUGAGCGAGGGGCAGAUUCUAGUCGGGAACCCGUACCCUGGAAAUCCAUCUUUCUCCUUCUUUGCCAUUGACCACUUUGGGUUUGACCUGCACAUCUGCAGUGAGGGCAGAAUUCAAGAAGCACAACUCACUGGUCUUUCAGUCUUAAUGUGCUAGAAACCGAUGACUUACUAAUCUCUAAUUUUUUGGCACCUCUAUCAUUGAAUGAGAAUUGCUUUCUUAUAAUUCACAUUAGAAAAAUGCCUAAUAUACUAAAGUAAACCAAACAUUGUUACUUUUCUCUUGUUCUUGAAGCAUGGCAACCAAAAAGGCCGACACAAAGGCCUUCACCGACAUGAAGACCUCCUGGUAGGAUCUGUCCAUGGGAUGGAGAACCACUCAGUCCAGAUCUGGGGUUGGGUCAUGACACCAGCUACCGAUUUUAGAAUAUUAUUUCUUGGUUUCUUUAUGAAAAAUGGGUGCUAGUGGUAAUUGCUUUGUGGCUUAGUAAACUACUUUGUGGAUGAUUUCCAAACAUUCAAAGCCAAUAGCCUUGUUAUUAACAAGAUAUUUUGAGUACAAUAUGGCUCAUUGACUUUUCCAUUUCCAUCUGAGGAUUCCAGAGUCCUCUGUUCAUCCCUGGGAUACAGUGAGCUCUCUUGCGUCUUCCAGGGUAGCUCAAGUUGGCCCAGUUUGGGCCAGUCCAUUUUUGGAGGUCACUCUUUCCCCUUCAUCCCCUCCUUCUCUUUACCCCCUUCACGUACUUCCUUUCUUUCUUCCCUCUGUUAUUCAUUCAUCAAGCAAGUUAAAGCCAUUGGGCUACGAUCUAAUCUGAGGACACCAUAUGGCCCUGUCAUCAGGGAAGCCCAUGAUCUCUCCUCUUCAGGGGCCUUACAGGUCAGCAACCUUGGCAUUCAUAUAUAGGUACUCUGCAGAAUUCAAGUUUUCAGAGGUAAGUCUGUUGCGCUGAUUAAUCUACAUUCAUUUGUUCAGUGAAUGCUCAAGACAAGCCAGGCAUGCCGAGAAGUGGUGCUGUAGUUGUAAGAUGGGCAUUCCUCCGCUCUCCUCUAUUCUCCAUGUUGACGGGGAGCGUAUAAUAAGAGCAUUGUGCGCUCUCCACACUUAACCCUCUGGGAUUCUUUAUUAUAAAUAUAAACUACCGUCGUGAGGCAUUUACCUAUUGGAUGGAAGGUAGACAGCAACAAGAUUUUAAUCACCUGGUCCCCAGACCCUCACGGCCCAUAUCCAACUCGAAUUGCAGAAAUUUCUUUGUUUGCUUUAAAUAACUCUUUACAAAUAAGGGCUGGGCACGGUGGCUCAUGCCUGUAAUCCCAGCACUUUGGGAGGCUGAGGUGGACGGAUCACGAAGUCAGGAGAUCGAGACCAUCCUGGCUAACACGGUGAAACCCCAUCUCUGCUAAAAAUACAAAAAAUUGCCCAGGCGUGGUGGUGCGUACCUGUAGUCCCAACUACUAGGGAGGCUGAGGCAGGAGAAUUGCUUGAACCUGGUAGGCGGAGGUUGCAGUGAGCCGAGAUCAUGCCACUGCACUCCAGCUUGGGCAACAGAGCAGGGCUGGAGUCGCCAGUCCAGACCCCUGUGUGUAUGAACAGGGGCCCCUUUCUGGUUGAAAUCAAGAUUAGGAUACAACUGAGAAAAUAAAAGACUGCACUUUGGAGUGGCAGGCACGCUAUCUGGGUUGUUGUUUUGUUUUGUUUCUGUCCUGGUGCUUAGGUGAGGACUUAGCUGGGUUUAUUCAAAGUGGGUGAGUCUGGGCUAUUCUUGAGAACCUCCAUUCCAUUUCUGAGAAUAAGUCAGCCCCUUCUACCUGCUUCCACCCAAGAGACUGAUGCACAAGAUCUGUUUGUGAAAGCCUGAUUUAAAAAGAAAAAAAAAAAAAUCCUUAAGCCAAAUGGUGUUCCAAGUUGGUUGCCAUGAGAACCUCCAGGAAGAGCCACUUGUUACCCUCUAUUCUUUCUAGUGCUUUCCAUCAGUGGCAACACAUAGGCCAUUUGGACUGUGGAGACGGUGGCCCUGAGAUUCUGUCAGUGGGACCAUCCUGGGCCUCCUUUCUCCCUCCACUCAGCGCCCUGUUGGCCAAGGAGAAUUUCUGCGGUGGGAGGCAGUGCUCCGUUGGUCAGGGUUGAGAAACAGCCAGGCACACCGAAACAGUGUACCAACGAAUUCACCAACCAGGGCUUUGUUUCCCUGCCCUAUGUGAAAACCAAUCAAUUACUAGAUGAGUGGAUGGAUGCAUACAAAUCUGGGCUGAGCCAAAGUCCCUUUUGGAAAUACAAGCCAUAAAAUUCGAAGGACGUGAGAGACCUUGGCUUGUUUAGGUGAUUUUACUUCCAGCUGCAGGUACUCUUGACAAGGAGCGUUUAAACAGAAGGCUAGAGAUGUACUCCUUGUGUAGGUAGGAGAGAGCGCUUGUAAUGUUAAGUGGGGUACAGAUCGGCUGCCCGCCCACAUAGCCUGGAUAUCGUCUUAUCCCCAUAAUCCUUCCAUCCCUACAAGGCCCAUCACCACCACCUUUUCCCAGGUUUAUUGAGGUAUGAUUGACAUCCAGUCAAAUUCACCCUUUGGAAAUAUACAGUUCUGUGAAUUUCAGCAAAUUUAUUGUCUUGUGACCAUCGCCAAGAUCAACCUGUUUUUAUCGCUCCAAACAAUUCCCUCCUCCUGCCCUCUUUUCCUGGCAACCCUGAUUGAUUAUCUGAUCCUAUAAUUUUGCCUUUUCUAGAAUGUCAUGUAAAUGGAGUCACACUGAUGUAGCCCUUUGAGUCUGGCAUCUUUCCCUCAGCUGAAUGCUUUUGAGUCAUCCACGAUGUGUGCGUGGUUUGUUCCUUCUCGUUGCCAGGAAUUAUUUCAUUGCAUGGAUGCACUACUCUGCUUCUUUAUUUUUUACACGGAGCCGUUUGCCCUGGAAGUUCUUGGCCCGGGGUCUUCAACUUGUUUGCACGACCACUUCCAGCUUGCUGCUUCCUUCAGCUCCCCAGGCUCCUCCUCCAAAUGCCAGCUGUGCCCACAAGCUGUUCUUAGAGCUCACACUCGCCGUUUUGGCUCGUGGUGGGUUUUUGGUAGUGCAGAAAGAAGCCAGGGAUGGGAGGGGAGGGGAAGGGAUGGAUGGGUGCUCAGUUGCUGCUCACGUCUGCUGCAACCUGAAGCCUGCAUCUCAGCCAAUAGAUCUGCUCCCUUCUGGGACGCAGGCUUCAGUGUCACACGGUCCUUGGCGCGUAUGGGGCGUUGGGGGCUUUGAAAGGCGAGCAGCGACAGCAUGGACAAGAAGGCGGGGGCUGGCCCUGGGGCUCAUCACGAUGCUUUCCUGGAUCUGUUGCUUCAUCUGCAAGCUGAGGGUGUGUGUUCUAGAUGAGUGUCUCAGGCCACCGGCAACUGCAUGCACCUCCUCCCCUUCUUGUUUCCAGUGAUGUACCCUGCACACGUGUUCAUGCUGUCUCUGGCUCUUACCUGCACAGUCGUGCAUUGAAUUGCCUCAAGUCCUGGUGAGAGAGAGUUGCCUUGGCACUUUUCCAAUAGCUAAAAUUAAGAGUUUUAUGAGCUGUUAAGAAUGAGGUAGUUUCUCCUAGGACCCCCAAAGAAAGUGCGAGUAACGACCGUUUGGGUCUCCUUCACCAAUCUUUGAUAGUAUGUUCUGGAGUCCACUCCCCAGGAACCAGGAAACGUACGAAGAUGGAGUCUUUGUCGCAGCUGGAGCCUUGCUCAGCUGGUGGUCACACAGCCUGGCCUGUGCCUACACCCCACCAGAUGGUGGUACGUGGUGGCAGGGACAGGACCACACCCAGCUAAGGCUAGACUGGGCUGAGUGUGACCCCCAAGGUAAACAGUCCUCUAAGCUAUGUCUUGUUCAUGCCCCCUGCUCAGUGAAAGGUAAGCCCUGAGACCAGUUGGGUGCCUCUCUAUGCGAACCAGAGACAUUUCUGGAUCCAGAGCAGGUGAAGAUUAGGGCCAGGAAGCCUGAGCCUCCGGGGCCUCAAGGUAGGGAGCCAAGGAGGCUGCCAGGACUCUGCUGGGUGGAAUUUUGCUCGGGAGGACUCUUGUCUCCCUCUCAGGAGUAUUUCUUUUGAGGCUUUCCUGGAAGUGAAGAAGCAAUUCCCGUUGCAGCAGGUUAGAGCGAGAAUCAGACAGCAAAAACCAGUGCGCUUCUCCCCACGUUCUAAAUGUCAGGAGGCUUUGCUGGGAGGUGUCUCCGGGGGUGACGUGAGCUUGGGGUGAUGGCCUUUGGAGAUGGCAUGUGGUGUUCGGGACUGUUCCUUGGUGUUUGAGGGAAACUUCAGUGAGAUUGCAGUGGAAUGUAAAGAGGUCAGGGCACAUGGGUGCUCUCUCAGGGUGGGGUGACUUGGAGACCUAGAGGGAAAGCCUGCUAUGCAGGGGGAGGGCACAGGACUGGCCCUGCUCUGCUGCCUCCUUUGUCCCAUAACCUGAAGUUAAGUCACAUCCCCUGUCGGGACUUCCGUGCACUCAUCUGUCAAGUGGGGCUACCUCCCUUCCAGCAUCACCUGCAUGAGACGGGCUGUCGGGGGUUGUGGGUUUCAGGCAGCUGUGUGGAUCCAGGGACAGACCUUCAAAGGGACGCCAGCCAUCCUUGGUGACAGGGGCCCCAACUUAGCAUCCCUUCCCUUCCCUUAAGAAGGAGAUGACCAGAGACAACCCCUUCACAGACACGAGCACAUCAGCAAACCCUAUGAGAGUGGAAUUUUCUAACAAAAUAAACUUGCUUGUUUGAUCUGUUUUCUGUAACUUUUGCUAAAUACUUUAUACAUUUUUCAUGUUAAAGAGCUGUGUCUCCCGCCAGCACUUCUCACCCCGGUAUGAAUGUGUGUCCUCCACAUUGUAUAUCCUUCCACCCUCUGGCUGCCUAGAUCAGUAAAUAAAAUUGAUGUAAUAUAAUUUAUAAGUAACACUGUUGAAACCCUGAUCCCAGUGGAGGCUGCAACCCACCUGCCCCCGCCCCCCCCAACCCCUGUUAUCGCAUUUGUGUGUAUUAACGCUGAAGAAUUAAAUGUUUAAAGAGUUUAAAUUUUGAAGGCGUUUGCUAUAUACAGUUGUCCUGCAUUAUUAUAAAGAGUUUUCAGGAAGUUAAA